GCUAGUCAGAACGAAUCUUCUGCGCUUGUGUGAAGGCUCGGCAUAUAUGUGUGUCCUAGGAGAGAGAAGGAGUAGUAUCGCCUGUGCACGUCCUCAGUGAGCAUUAGCCCUUUGGAGACUCUUACUUGGCGAGUGGACAGUGUGCCCCACACAGCACCCGCGCUCUUGGAGGAACAUGGUUGACAGUUGUGCCCAGUGAAGCAACUCUGAACUCGCUGGACGCAACACUAACUUCUUCAGGAAUACCUUUUGGUAGACAUGGCCAUGCUGCCGCCCACUCUUAGCGCAUCACCUUACCCCGUGGUCAUGGAUGUGGACCACGCCUACCCCCCCAACACCGUGCCCCAGCCCCAGCCCCAGUCCCAGUCCCAGCCCCAGCCCCAGUACGCCCCCAUGCCCCAGCAGCAGCCCCAGCAGCCCCUACACCCAGUCGCCGGCCCCAUGGAGGCCCCUGAGGGCCCCCGCGAGGCCAUGAGGAUGCCCACCAGCUCCGAGCCGCCGUACCAGUGCAAGAUCUGCGGCAAGGGUUUCGCCAUCCCGGCCAGGCUGGCACGACACCACCGCGUUCACACCGGAGAAAAGCCAUUCAAGUGUGAGUUCUGCGAGAAGACGUUCAGCGUGAAGGAGAACCUGAACGUGCACCGCCGCAUCCACACCAAGGAGCGGCCCUACAAGUGCAACAUCUGCGACCGGUCCUUCGAGCACUCCGGCAAGCUGCACCGCCACAUGCGAACCCACACCGGCGAGCGGCCCCACAAGUGCGAGGUGUGCGGGAAGACCUUCGUGCAGUCCGGCCAGCUGGUGAUCCACAUGCGCGCUCACACGGGGGAGAAGCCGUACACGUGCGAGUACUGCCAGAAGGGCUUCACUUGCUCCAAGCAGCUCAAGGUGCACAUCCGCACGCACACGGGGGAGAAGCCGUACGAAUGCGACGUGUGCGGCAAAACUUUCGGCUACAACCACGUGCUCAAGAUGCACAAGAUGUCGCACCUGGGAGAGAAGCUGUACAAGUGCACGCUGUGCGAGGAGUUCUUCAGCUCCCGCAAGGCGCUCGACCGCCACAUCAGGGACCACAGCAGCCACACCACCCAGACCCACCAGCAGCCCUGUCAGUCCAGCCGCCCCCAGACCUCCGCGCUGCCCCCGCCCCCGGAGCGACACUGGAAGCCCUCUCCUCCCCCGCGGGAGCCCGAGUUGGUGGACGUGCAGGAAUCUUCCUCGUCCAGCACCUCCAACUCGCCGCCCAUCAACCCCUCGCCGGCGGCCUCCUGGGACAGCGACUCCAUGGACCAACAGCACCCGCUGCCGCACCCUCACCAGCAGCAGCUGACAUUUCGUGACUUCCGAAGAACCUCCCUCGAGGCCCCUGUCGCCAACGGACCCGAGGUGUAUACAUGCUAUGGAGGCGACAGCCUCGGCUCUCGAUCCCCUGGAUACAUCAGUGAUGACAGCGGUCGAGGCGCUAGCCCCGUCAGUGACACUCUCUCCCCACCUCGAUCUCCAGUCCCUGCUGGACCUGCUGUAACCCCGCCCCACCUCAUGGAGCCGCCGCUCUCACACUCGCAGCCCAUCGACUACAACAUGUUGCUGAGGCGCCUCUACCCCGACCUGGUGGCGCCGCGCGCUGAGUCUUCCUCGCCGCGCCUCACGCUCACCACCGAGACGGGCGAACGCGUCUCCUACCCCUACGAGAUACUGUUGCGUCUGCAGCGGAAGACGGAGCAGAGCCUGCUGGAGGAGCAGGAGGCCAUCCGCCGCAAGCAGCAGCAGCUGGAGGAGCACCUGCGGCGGGAGGAGGUGCGCCACAAGCGCGAGCGCGUCUUCAUCGACACGGUACAGCGCGUGCUGGAGGCGCUGAUCGGCCGCGAGCGCCUGGCGCGCCUUGGCCACCCCAGCACCUCCACCGACGAGGUGCUGAUGCGCACGCUGCAGCUGAUGGGCUCCCAGCCCUGCAAGGAGCCCUCGCUCUCCCCCAUGGACCGCAUCAAGGUCAACCUCAGGCUGCUGCUGGAGUGUAGCGUCCCGGACCAGGAGAUGUGGGCUAAGUUCGGCUGGCGCGGCAAGCCCAUCGACGACAUCGUCGCCGAGUUCCUCAACUUCUGCUAGUGAGGAGCAGCCAAGGGCUCCGGCCCACCGAUCUCAGGGCUCCCCGCCGCCGCCGCUCAGUAUUGUGGGCCGGGGUCCCUCGGGCCUCCGGGACCACGCUCUAGUCACCACGACUCCCUCAUCCUGUACAUUCCAUGUUGUAUUUAAUGCACAAUCAGCGGCAGAUACCUGACGUGUCCAACCUAAGUCCAUAUAAAUAAAUAUUGUACGUAUAUAUAUAAAAAUAUAUUUUAAAUGUAUUGUUAAUAAAUGACAAAGAUUAA